AUGGCCAAUUUCCUAGCCGUCAAUCCUCAACAGCACCAAUUGCACUUCGUUCCGUCUAGCGCAGGAUCGCCGCCAACGCCGAGUAACUUUCCUUUGUCCAGAUCCAACAGCAAGCUCAGUCGAGUCAGCGGCUCGCGGAGUCCUUCAUUCUCCGUCUCUCUCAUCAAUCCAAUUUCUUUGCCAUCUCGCUUGGUGGCAGACCCUGUCUCCAAUCGUCCACUUUCUUGUAAUACAAAUCCUCACAUCCCUAGAUGUGUUAGUCGCUUCCGCUCACUCACUGGGUCAUCUUCACACCCUCCCGCGUCGGCCACCCGCGUUUGCACCAAAACACCAUCGACACCAUCUUCUUCUAGCGCUAUAAUUUUUCGGCCCUUCAUGCGAAUUCGAAGUCGCCGGCUGUCAGACAGCUCUCUCACGGACCUUUCCCCUCCUACCAUUGAUUCUGACCUCGAUUUUGGGCUCAGUCAUCCGCUUCACGACUCAUCCACAAAUCCAGACAUUCCAACUACUCAAUCUAGCCUCAAAGUCACCACCAGCGACUCUCACCUGCCGCAGAUCCUCCCACCCAAGUCAUCUGGACCGCCCUCGCCUCCCCAUUCUUCCUUGCUUUCAUGUCGCGCACCUCCUCCUGAAAUCAAUUCUUCAAAUACACAUAUUUUUCCAUCCCUGAGGCCUACUGAACACCAUAAGUCUUCUCAAACGCAUUUUCACACGUUAGAUGGUGCACGCGCUACCGCUUCAUCCAUCUGUUCGCGCAUGUUGAGCUCUUCCAAGCUCAUCAGUACUGAGAAGCCCAAUCGCCAGUCUAAGUCCACAUCUCAGGAGCGAAUCCAAAUGGCUGUGCGCCAUAAAGAUAGUCUAAGCUCAUUGAACAACACUGUCACUACGGCUCAACAAGAAAAUUGUCAAACCGAAGUUGAGGAGAUGGAGUCGAUACGCUCUCCUCCAAAAGCUCUUUGGGUUGACACGGGCCGUGCUGCUAAAAUGCCAUCAACAUAUAGUCCCUACGGAGGAAGCCACAGCGGCAAUUCAACUUCGUCUCCCGGCCUUUUCUCCACUUCAACUUUCUCUCACAGGCCAUCAGGCGAGUCCGAAAGAGGUUUGAACUCUGCCACUCACAGUCCUCGUCGCUGCCCUGCGCCGCCUCCAAUCAAGGUGCCCAAACUUCGAGCUGCUCGUGUAGCCAUCGCCGCUGAUGGUGAUGGGUCUCCGCCCCCGAUGGUGGCAGCAAAUGUGUCACGUCACCGCGCUACUGGAUCUGAGAGUAACGUAGCCAAGGACCGCCGACACGCCGGUGUUGAGUGGCCACUUCUUACACGUCAUGGAUCUCUCAGUAUCUUUGCACCGCGGCUUGUGUCUCAGCCAAUGGUGGCCCAUCACGAACCUGCCACACUCGGAUCAGACGUAUUUGAGGAUCUUGCCGGCUCGCCUCAUCCUGCCAAAGUCCAUAUUUCGGUGUCUGCGUCGUCAAAGCAGACUCACUCACCUUCUAGGGCACAUUUGGCCGACAAUGGCGCUUCAGAACAGAUCCAGUAUCAAACACCUCCACUAUCCAUCUCCCGCCACUCUAGGUGUCUCAAUUCUCUCGGUGCUGCGAAAACCCGAACUUCUCCCAGUCGUAGCCCUAGUGCGCGCAGUGGAUCACGCGCUUCGACACCAUCAUCAGCCGUCGACGCCCAGAUAGUCUCAGUAUCACACCGGCGCACGAAUACGGACCUUCAAGGGGAUCCUAGUACAUCUUUCGAUCUCCCCAAAAGAAUCUCGCUUGCACCUGCUCCCAACCAAUCCUUGAUCGAGAUGCCCCGGUCCAUUGCGGUGCCCAAGAUCAUCCCACUACCGGAAAUAGCUAGUUCAUCAAAUGUAGAAGGCAGGGCAAGACAUCUCAGCACCUUAUCUCAUAAUAGUAACUUGCUGCCUGAGACACCCUGCCUGCAUCGCUACCCAAGUCCUGACGUCGAUAUUCAGCGCCAAGGUCGAGCAGACUCUUCUGCUUCUUUCGAUGUGCGCAACUUACCAUUUACGCUGGAUGGAUCCGAUGAACAUCCUAUGCCUCGAAUGGCAACAACACCACCGCCACAGAAUUUCAGCUCGACCAUCGCACAAUCUAUCGCCAUCCCCCAGUUGCCUCCCAUGCCAGCCAUUGACAGAAUUACUCCGCUGAACAGCACUUGUAGAGCCGCGCAUCCAUCAACUAACUUGCACCAAGAAGAUUAUGCAGCUCAGGGCUCAUUGCGCACGGUCGGUUCAAAUCUUUCUAACGGAUCUUCUGUCGUCACCAACCAAUGUCGUAUCCCGGUUUUCACGCCGGACAGCUCAACUGAGUCGACGUAUUCCAUCCACUCGGGAGGCUGCAGUCCUGAGUAUUCUUGCCCUCGAAGUCGCAGUGCCGAUGACCUUACUGUCCCUUUAAGUCAUCCAUCUCCUAUCAAACGUGGUUCCCGACCUCGUUCCAUGUCUGAUCGGGGCCCAGAUCGGCCUGCGACCUUGCUGGAGCUUGCGAGUGGCACGUUGGACCAUGAAAAGCAUCUGAGCCACAUCGAUGAGCAAAAGGCAGACAAACAGUCAAUCCCACUCCCGCCGAACUCCGGAAGUUUGGGUAAAGUCCAGCCGUUCCCAUGGGUGACGCAAUCAUUAGAUUACCUAGAACGACUUGGUACUUCAGAGCAGGCUCAACUCAUUAGGCAGGCACUCGCGAUUUAUCCCAACGAAUCUCACCGCUUUGUGGUGGGUGAUACUUCCAAACUCGUAAGAGAAGUGCACGAGUGUCCGAAGCGCAUACAAGACCUACGUGCAAAUUACCUAUCUGACAUCGCCAGGCGUGAAAAACUUCUUAAGCGGCAUAUCAUGACUCUCCGUGCUUUCAACGGCGAUGAAGGCGCACGCUUCGGCGAUACCCUUUUGAAGGCAAUCAGUCAGGGUGAUGAAGGCGUUUCUGAAUUGUUUUCUCUGGUCAACUACACUUCUCACGUUGAGCGAACAUGUGAAGCACAUUGGAGAGCUGCCGCCACUGUAGAGAUGCGCAAGCUGAAGGCUACUGAAGAGAAACUUGCCGCAGCCGAUGCAACAAUACAACAGCUCGAAGACAAUCGCUUGCGCGAUAAAGCACGAAUUGAGAAAUUGGAAGAGCAACUUCGUUGCGCACUUCAACGAGCCGAAGCUGAAUCAUCCCCAACACUACGUCAGGACACGAUCGAUCAUGCCAAUAUCGCGACUUCCAACCAAACUCAGACGACCGUCGCACCCGCCACACUACCAACAUCCAACGCCAGCCAGAUUGCGUCCCUCAACACUAGACCGACGCCAAAUCUUCCCCGAGCACCUCUUCGGCCCCUCAAUCCCAUUUCUAAAAACAAUCCCACAUUUUCGACCGAGGCUUCACAGAAUCUUGGCGUAUCAUCUACCACACCUAAGAUACCGGCAUCUCGCUUACGGCCUUUCGGUCAUCGUCCAGGGACAGCCAACUCUGUGGACCAUAUUCAAGAUUUGCCGAGCUCAAGCUCAUCCGCUCGACUUUUUGAAAGACCACGAGUGGUCCCACGACUACCAGUUGGAGUACCUGAACCCGAAGACCCUAAAUCCAUUAACAUCAGCACCUCCAACGUGCCUGAGAUAUCACACCGACCGGAGAUUUUAAAAACACAUAAACGCCCGGCAAUGCAAAUAGGCCUGAGUGCACGCAGUUUGUUCACCGGAAACAAGUGGCGAAAGCCUUCUGAAGUAGCUGUUUCAUCCAACUUGGCGCCCCCAGUCUCACAUCUCGACUACACCACUGGCAAUCAAUUUGCCACGUGGAGCCCAGAUCGUGCAUCAAGGCCUCAUCAGGAGUCCUUAAACACACUUUUCAAGCCUCUGAGCAAACCAGAAAAAAUCGUGAAAGCGACUCCCGUACCGCAGCUUCGUCAUCCUAACCAGUCCACCACUUUUCCUCAAGUACCACCGACGCAGGCCCAACUCUCACCACCGCCACCACCACCGCCUGCUCAGGCCAGCCUUCCCUUGCCAUCAGAAGGUAACGGUCUUCGACGUCAGCCCAACAGAUUGCGUUCUGACAAGCCAGUAUCGAAUAAUUUAACAUCAAUCACUCUUUCUCAACUUGGCUCGCUUGACAUCGCACACAUGUUAACCGGCCUCAAUACUCCCACAUGA